GUCAUGUUGCGCGCUGAUCGAUCAAAGGAGGAAGGCGAAGCAAAGAGCGGUCAAAAAUGUUAUGCUGAGUUGCCACCACAGCCACAGCUAACGAAGGAAGGAAUCGCAGAAUCUGCCUCUUGGCCAAAUAAACCGCGCGUCUCGUAAGAACCGCAUAAUCCGCCCAAACCGUGUUGUGUCCGCCGUGUUCCGGGGGUGGUUCGUGUGUGCGUGUUGUUGACCGUGUCAACGGGGGCUUCGAAAUUGGCGAAAAUCGCGCUCCGAACCGGAUUUUGCGAGUGUUUUUCCAGCAGCAGAAGAAAAUCUCAAUUUUGUACAGUUCCGCGGCGGAACUUCCCUUCCCAUUUUGGGUUUUUGCAAAAGUGCACCUAGCAAAAAAAAAAAAAAGGAAAAAAGUGAGAGUGAAAUUAUUUUGCGAAUGGUGCCGCUGUCAAGGUUGCUGCCCUCGUAAAAACAUUGGCGGUCCGACGGAUGACCGCAGCUGGCCACCAUGUCGGACGCACCCGUCAAGAAACGUGUGGCCCUGACGACGAUUGGUGAUGUGGUCCGCAAGAGUCCCUUCGGAGGUGCUGGUGGUGGCUCGGCCGACGAAGGAUUCUUCCCGAAGGGGUUCGCCUCGCAAGCGGGUUCGUCCGGGGCCGGGAGCGGUGGAUCGGGUUCCGGCAAGCCGGCCAAGUCGGCGAACCGCCAGACGAUCCGGCUGGAGCUGGAACUGUUCGAGCCCAACGCCAAGAGCUUCCCCGAGUUUAACUACUCCAAGCUUGUGCACGAGGCGCAGAAACGCAAACGCAAAAAGGAGAAAAAGGCCGCCGCCGGUUCCGCCCCCGGCACCAACGGCUUCCUGUCCGACCCGGACGCCGUCGACCACGACGACGUGGCGCGGCUCGCCAAGGAGCUGGAGAAGAAGUACGGCGCCGGGACGGCCUACUCGAGCGGUCCGUCCCGGCUGGACUACUGCGACCGGGGGGCCGGCUACGACGAGGAGGACUCGUUCAUCGACAACACCGAGGCAUACGACGAGCUGAUCCCGCAGGAGGUCGAAACGGUGGGCGGCGGGUUCUACAUCAACUCGGGCGCGCUCGAGUUUAAGACGUUGUCGAAUUUUGAGCGGCCGGAUGACCAUUUGCGGAUGCCGAAGCCCAAGAAGCGCCAGCUGUCGACGACGAGUGAGGAGAGUAGCGAGGAGGAGGAGGAAGAGGAAGAGGAGGAAGUUGUGGGGAAGAAGAAGCAGAAGAAGGUGGUGGUUCCGGCGGUGAAGGCUGCGAAGAAGAAGGAAGCGGGUGGGACAAGUGGGACAAGCGGGACGGAGAGUGCUGCUGGGAGGGGGAGGAAGCGGAUUAAUGGGCACGUGGGGAAGAAGCAAAAGGUUGGUGGUGAGGAGAAGAAGAGUGGGAAGGUGGUGGCGAUGACGGUGCAGAAGGAGGAAAAGAAGAAGAAGAAGGUAGAGAAGGUUAGCGGUGCGAUUGCUGGUGGGGGGAAGGAGGUUAAGGUGAUGAAGACUACGACGGUUAAGGAUAUGCUGAGGGCGAAGCGGGACAGUUUGCUGAAGAUGGAGCAGCAGAAGAAGGGAGGGAGGAGUAGUGGAACGGUUUCAAGUUCGGAAGCGGAAGAGGAAGGUGGGGAUGGGGACGAGGAGGAUGAGGACGGAAGUAGCGAGGCCAGUGAUAGCGAUUCCAGUGAUAGUGGUAGCGGGUCGGACUCGGAUUCGGACAGUGGGAGUGGUGAGGGUGAGGGUGGAGCUGGGGGAAGUGAGAAGGAAGGUGCGGUGGCCAAGGUCAAUGAUGAGGGAGAGGGAGCGAAGAAGAAGAGCGUGGUUAAGCUUCCGGACAAUCUGCCGGAUCAUUUGGUGCAGGAUUUGAACAGCUUGAAGGAGAUUGCGAAGGCCACGAGCGGCAAGGUCAACUUCCUGGACGGAAAGGUGGCAGAUUUGCUGCUGCAGAUUGACGUGACUUCGCGGAUGUGUGGUGGAAGUGCACGGAAUUCGGUGUACAAACACCUGGAGAGUCACCUGCAGGUCAGUCGGCAAACGUUGAUGAUCAAGAUCAAGAAGAUUCGCAUCCGGAAGGAGGACAACAAGGUGAAGAAGGCCCUCGACAAGCUGGAGACGGUUGUCAAGGAGAUGAUGCCUAAGCUGGUGGCCAGCUUUGAGGCGGAAAAGAAAAAGGCUGCGGAUUUGAGAACCGCGCAGGCCGCGGCCGCCGCUUCCGCUGGAACGGACGGCACCAGCGCCGAGAAGCAGCCGGACGUGAAAAGCCCAAAGAGAAAGUUCCCGUGGAACGAUACGUUGCGUGGCCUGCUGGCUGAUAUUGCCCAAAUCCGGAAGCAGUCGUUUCACAUCCUGCGGCCCCGGAAGGAAACCGAAGAGGAGUACGUGCAGAGCUAUCUGAAGAAGAGCGUGGUUCCGCUGUGGCCAAGCGGUUGGAUGCGAUUCGAGGACCUCCAGAAGGAACUGGACCGACGGAAAAAGGCAGCUCAAAAGGCCAAGGAACCGAAAAAGACUGCCGUCCAGCUGAACAAUUCCUCGUCCAACGGGCCUGCCAAGCAUUCGCAGCAGCAGGAUUCAGUAUUAUCGCCAGCUCCGCCCAAGCAACCGAAGUUGGUUCGAACUCCGCAGGCAUCGCCGGUUCCGCCCCCGCCAAGUACUUCCCCCGCGUCGAAGAAAACCUCCGACCACAGCAUCAUCAACAUCAUCAGCUCACCGCCCAGCCAGAAAGAUGGCGCCGGUUCUUCCUCGUCACAUUCCAGUCCGUAUCCGGCGGCGCAACAACAACAACCGCCACGACCUCAGUCCCAACCGCCGCGCACCUCGCCCAACUUUGACGAGGACCUCAUCAAGGCCCACGUCAUCAACCUGGAGACGGCGCACAGCGCAACCAAGACUUCAACGGCACCCGUUCCGGACUACCUCCGCAUCCAAUCACCCGCCCUCUCCUCGGCAGCUUCGUCCGCGUCGUCCUCGCGGCGUCAAUCCGUCUACCAGGACCAACCACCUCCGAUGGCCCACGCAUCUACCUCGACUCCGCCGAAUGCCAACGCCCGGAAGGGAGCGCGCAAAAGCCGCGACGAAGACUCGGACAGCAGCAUCGAAAUCGUCGGCGAGUACAGCAUGGCGGACAACGGAACGACCAACACCGCCGUCAAAAAGUCCGACCCGCUGAACCUGGCCAUGCCCACGCUCAACAAGGACAAGUACAAAAAGCUCGGCGCCGGCACCGGUUCCAGCGCGUCUUCCGCCAAGAGCAACAGUAGCAGCAGCACCAAAACCACCAUCAACAACAACCUGGACAAACACGCCGGCAAGUACGGCGGGUUCGCACUUCCGAUGACCGGACUCCACCACCAACCGCAGGACCUCAAACCGACCACGUCGGUACCGACGCCACCACCGCCGCCGCGCUCCUCUUCCACCGGUCCCAACGACCUGGACGUCAUCCGGAUCAUGAGAGAGCUGCAAGAGUUGCAGGCCAUCCAAAUGGCGAAGCAGCCCUCCCCGAAGCCGGCCCACAGCGAUUCGCGCAAGUCGACCGUCAGCAGCAGCGCCUCGAUGGUGGGAAGCACGUCGUCCUCGUCCUCGACGCCGCCACCUCCGCGCAAGUCGGACGCGGCUCAAUCGCCGGCCCAGCAGCAGCAACAGCAACAAUCUCAUCACAACACUCCACCCGUCGUCAAGAACGGCAGUUCCGGCCCCGGAAGUAAAACCAAACCGAAGCCAAAAGUACUGAACCCUGUGGCAGCAGCAGCAGCGGCGGCAGCGGCCGCAGUCGUCGCCGUGCCGCCUCCGCCGUCUGAAAAGGUGGACCUAACUUAACAACUCAAAAUCACACAAUUGUUGUUUGAGGGCAGACGCAAGAAAGGAGAGAAAAUAUUGUUGUUUGUGUAAAAAAAGUAUAUUAAAAAAAGAAAAUACAAUCGAAGUAGUGCAGGAGGGAGAAGAUUCCAAAUGGAGGAUAAAAUUUGUAAAAUAUAAAAUCGUAAAUUACACGAAAAUAAGUUGUCGAAGAAGCCGAGCGUCUUUUGUUUAAACUAUGUUAAUUUGCGGCGUUUUGUUUAGGUGUUUCACUUUAUUUUUCUUUCAGUCGUUUUAAUUUCAAAUAUUAUAAAUUGUAUUUAAUAAAGAACAAAACGUAGCACUCACUCGCAAGGAGUAAAGAAAGCGAACAUUUAAUAAAGUUAUAGCAGUAGUUACAUCAAUGGUCGGUAAAAUAAAAAGUCAAGUCAUUUGUAUAGAAAUUAAA